UUUAAUAGAAACAAUCUCUAAGCAAAAAUACAUUUGUUUAACAACGGAUAUUUGAAGUUCACUCAACAAAAGUUAUUUAGGGAUGGCCAUGCACUAUAUAGAAGAAAGUACGUAUCAACGUUUUUCAUAUGCUAUUGCUAAUUUGUCGAAGAAUUGAAGGUAGCCAUAAUUAUACGAAUAUUGCAAAAUGUAUAUCUGAUAUUUUGACAAGUUAUAAAAUUGAUGUUACAAAAUUAUCACACACCGUCACCGACAACGCAACUAAUUUUGGUAUUAAUAAGCUGAUAGAUGAAAUUGAUCAAAGUGCUGAAAACAUUUCUGAACCAGAUUCAGAAUUUAUGCAAAAUUAUAUGGAAAAUGACCCUGCAGAUAAUGUAGAAGUAGUAAUUAAUGUAUCUGAUAUUUUAUCAAGUUAUGAAGACACUGACAAAGGAAAUAAUGACAAUGAAGAUAGUGACAUAGUUUUAUCGAAUCCUAUGACAUGUUCUGCGCAUACCUUAAAUUUAGUAGCUACAACUGAUACUACCAAGAUUAUAGAUCUAAAUUACAAAAAAAUAUCAAGAUCUGCCUUUGGUAAACUUACAUCAUUUAAGCGACAAAACAUUUGA